UUGAGCGAACCUCGGUCGCCGACCCCGCUUGCGAGCCCAACCUUGCGAGGAGGGCCACAACAUGUGCAGCCAACCAAAGCAUCGACAGCACCGUGUUCUGUUCGAUUCCUGACCUCACAGGCCUGUGUGGUCUGUCUUCGAAGAGGGAAAUACCCUCACUACUACUACUACUACUACUACUACUAGCGUUACGCCAGCCCCGAGACCUCCGUUACUUUGGGCUCACGGGAAACUCGAUAUCAGAUUCUAUUGGGCCAUCCGUGAUUUGACUGGAUCCUUUCCACACGCAACGUCGUUCAUUACCGCGGUCCAUUGAGGUCCUUCAUGAUGACGAAUCCGAACUGCAUCCAAACUUGCAGCCCACGCUGUCCCGCUACCCCAACCGCAGCUCAACCGUCCACGGCCUUGGCUAUUUCGUCUUCUCCAAGGAAGUCGCCAAGGCCUUCAUCAUCCAGCAGAUCUCCCCGGAAUCCGGUCAACACGGCGUGGGUUCAAGAUCAGCAGCGACGAGUCUUCCUAGAUCAUCUAACGAAAUGGUCUUUGAAUCACGAUUCGAGCGCAUAUUUCAACGGCAAGAUUAGUCUUUUGUCGCCGUUCGAAAACGCAGGAGACGUCAUUGAGCUCGGCAAGUCUGUCAAGUGCAUCCUGACAGAUAGUGCCUGGACGGAUGCGCGAAAACAGAUCGCCAUUCGACUCUUUCCUCCGCGAGGCGGGGAGGGCAGGUACAAGAUGGUGGUCCGAUGCGGAGCAGGCUGGAUGAGCGCCCGCGACUUCUUCAGCAAAGAGUACUUCAUGAAGCGGGAAGCAGAGGGCAGGAAGAGGAAAUUCCGCUUAUACGGCCGGCUGGACGACUCCCUGAAGUGGCGCUCGGAAGUAGUGCCCCAGCCCGCAGGCAAUACCAUCGUCAUCCGUCCGCUCUUUCUUCCAUUUCUUAGGCUACCACUGGAGCUUCAACAGACGAUACUAGGAGUCGCUGCCGGUAAGACUGGCAUGUAUCGGCCAUGUCGCGAUAGUAUUGCAGAGCUUCCAAAUCGCCGGACAGCGCACAUCAUUCUCCGCAAUUUUUAUCCCAGGAAAGAAUCCAAUAUCCCGUUAGCCGCUAUGUUCAGAAUUUCGAAAGAGCUGAAUAAGCACCUGGUUCCCUGGGUCUACAGGACGACCGACUUCCAUUUCGAGGUUACGGGCUUUACGAACUUUCUAUGGCAGGCUGGUCCAGUGAAACGAGCAGAAAUCAGGCAUGUCACUUUUAGAUUCUCGGAGAUAGCACUGCUGCAUUGCCUCCGUUGGUUGGCACCCGAUCCCAUCUUCGAACUAUUCCAGCCUCCCGUCCCCACCAGUCCACGCGGGCUACAGUACCUUUGGCGCUGCCAAAUCCAGGAUUACGCAAGAGAAUUACAUCUCGCCACACUCACGCUAGAUAUAUAUAACACACCGCUGCAGGAUAUUCCCUUCGUUGUGCGCAUUCUUCUUCUGGCCUUCGGAAGCAUCCGACGGAUCAGGUUUACUUGGUCGGGCAAAGAAAUUGAUGCCGAUAAUGCCGGGCUUGCUGUGUUGAAAGAGCGCAAGUCGUGGAGAGAGAUGUCUAGGCGCUGGUAUGUGGCGCAUAGGUUCGAUCGCCAGGGCCUAUCGUCGGGAAGGGCGACAGCAAGUCCCGCAGACUUGGAGAUGGCAAUGGACCAGGACAAGUCGUUCUUUGACCGCGUCGAGGAUGACAGGGGAAUAUCCGGACUCCCAAAGCCAUCGUGAAGGACUUCAAGAGGAGAUUAUAGGCGCUGCAUUGUAACGGUAUACUUCGGAUACGACUUAUGAGUAAUGAGCUAUGCAUGGCCUCCGGCGUGCAAUGAUUCCUACUUGUUCAAUAAAUAGCAGGUAUUGCACGCAUUUCUAAUUCUGUUCAGCUCGCCAUAUCGAGUAUCGAGAAAUCAU